UGGGUUCCAGUUCUCCAGGAACUUGGUGUGGGUUGGUUUUCUCUGUUGUCAUCGCCGGAUUCCAUUGUUUCCUGAGGAUUAUGAUUAUGUUCUUUAUAAAACCAGAACAGGGAGGUGCGGCUCUUUCGAAGACAAACAAAAACAUCGUUGGAAGUUUCUCUGCUGGAAAAAUAUCCUUGCUCCAAGUUUAUAAUUGCUGUUGGAAACAAUGCAGUAGCAUUUUUGUCGUCAUUUGUUAUGAAUUCAGGAGUCUGGGAAGAAGUCGGCUGUGCUAAACUCUGGAAUGAAUGGUGCAGAACAACAGACGCUGCACAUUUAUCCCCCGCAGAGGCUUUUUGCGUGUUUUAUCACCUAAAGUCAAACCCCUCGGUUUUCCUUUGCCAGUGCAGUUGCUACGUUGCUGAAGAUCAGCAGUAUCAGUGGCUGGAAAAGGUUUUUGGCUCUUGUCCAAAGAAGAAUAUGCAAGUAACUAUUCUCACCUGUCGACACGUUACUGACUAUAAGACUUCAGAAUCUACCAGCAGCCUUCAUUCCCCUUUCCUGAAAGCCCUAAAAACACAGAAUUCCAAAGAGCCUCCAUGCUGCUCACUGCUGGAACAACCCAACAUCGUACACGACCUCCCUGCAGCAGUUCUGAGCUACUGUCAAGUAUGGAAAAUCCCUGCCAUUCUGUACUUGUGUUAUACUGACGUGAUGAAAUUAGACCUCAUUACAGCUGAGGCUUUUAAGCCUGUGCUUUCUUCCAGAAGCUUGAAAGGUUUGGUUAAGAAUAUUCCCCAGAGCACAGAGAUACUGAAGAAAUUGGUGAUGACAAAUGAGAUUCAGAGUAACAUUUACACGUGAUUCCAGAUGGUUUUGUCACCUGUCCAUUCCUUGGGGGGCAGCAGCAGCACUGUUUCAUAGGUUCCUUUUUUUCAAGGAGUAUUUUGAGGGUAUUAAAAACAGAAUAAACUUAUUUUAAAUUCA